AUGAGUCUCGAGUUCCUCCAGCGACCGAACAGUGACGACGGUGCAGCUCCUGUUCCUGUUGCAGAACCCCAAGUCAACACCACAACCGCUCCCAUCCCCGUCGCUGCAUCCGCUCCCGCUGCUUCUGUCCAAGAACCAGUAACCACCCAAGAACCCAGCCCUUCUCAAGAACCCGACGUCGCUACCGAAGAGCCCGCACCCGCACCUCCCGCUACCAUGUCUUACGCAUCUGUCGCCGCCAGUGGGCCCCAGCAGUCCGAGGAAGAGAAGCGCGCACACGCCGUUCCCGAGAUCGAGCACACCGACGACGAGGUCCAUGAGCUCAUCGACGUUGACAGCCCUCACAUUUCAUCCGUCCCCUCCGACUUCCAGUCGCAAGAAGUCCAGACCGAGACCCAGGCCGAGCGCGAACGUCUUGAGUCCGAGGCCCGCGAGAAGGCGCAACAGGCCAAACAGCAGGCUGAGGAGGCCAAGGAGAAGGCCGAGGAGCUCAAGGAGAAGGCCAAGCAGAAGGCACAAAAGGCCACAGAGAAGGCUAAGGCCAACAGCGACAACCCUGUCGUCCUUGGUAACACCGUCGCUGUUGUCGCUCUUGGUGGUCUUCUCGGGUUCGGCGCCUACAGAAAGUACACCGCCGGCGAGCUCACCUGGAAGGUUGCAGGAGCCUGGGCCGGUGUUGUCGGUGUCUUUGCCCUCGGCGACUACUACGCCAGCAAAUUCCUUUUCAAGAAGUACCCUCCCAAGAACUAA